GAACGCUGCGCAGUUGUGAAAAUGAAAAGUCUACGUAUAUUUAGCAUUUUACACAUUGUGUCAUGACCUAGUAUGUACGCAUAAUAUAGCUUGAACGUACAGCGAAUAUGGAAGAAGGUAGAGAGGGCUCCUGAAAGCGUACUUUAUUAAAGAGGCAAGGUUUACUCGUUGAACUUGGGACAACGCAGUUCACUUGUUCCCUAAUGUACGAGACCUCGGUCGCUAACGCCUUUUCCUUUACCUGUAAUUUGUUUCGCACGAGCGAAGGGAACGUUCCGAGCCAACCAGCACGGGCCACAUUGCUAUCAGCCUUCGACCAAUCAGACGCCGCCGUACAUGGACGAGGAAUGCCUGACGCUUUCCAUCUGGACACCCUUCCUGUGCACGCGCGAAGAGUCGCUCAAGACGGUCCUGGUGGUCGUCUCGUCCGAAUGGUUCCAGAAAGGACACGUGUCCGACGACGAAAAUGCCUGCCGAGAGAUAGCUUCCGCAGAUGUCGUCGUGGUGGCGAUCAACUUCAGGCUCGGCGUAUUCGGCUUCCUGCGAACCCCUUGGGAAGACAUGCCGAGCAACGCCGGGUUCAGCGACCUCGUCAUGGCCCUGUCGUGGCUUCGCGCCAACGUCGCAGCCUUCCAUGGCGAUCCUACGACGAUGGUUGGCCUGGGCGUGGGCUCCGGUGGCAUGUUGCUUUCGCUGGACCUGCUGUCGCCGAAGUUUCAGAUGGCGGGAUUCUUCAAGCGACUCAUCUUGCACGGAUUGGUGGCUGGGUCUUUGCUUCCUCGAAACAGCGGCAUGGACAACGCCGAGAUGAUCGCGGCAAACCUAAAAGAAUGCGCACGCGUGUCGAAAACCGCCAGUGCGACCGCACUCGUGCAGUGCCUGAGGAAUGUCAACGCGUCGACGCUGCUGGAGGCUAGCGUGAAGAUGAAGCUGCCACUUCGCUUCGUUCCGAACCUGGACAACAACACCGAGUCGGGGCCUCCGUCUCUCGCGUCCGUCGCGCCAUGGAGCGCGAUGCCGUUGAGACCACUGAAAAACGUGAGCGUCCUGUGUGGUUACAGCAGGGAAGAAGGUCAAGCGCUGUUCGACGACGAGAUAGCCAAGUCCGAAGGUAUCUCCGAGAACAUGGAGCCCCGGCAUGUGAUCGGACGCCUCGCGCACUUCUUCACGACGCGGAACGCACCGAAGCUGUUCGACGAGUUGCCAGAGAGCGCCACGGAAUCGCUCAAAAGGAACGCUGGCAUCGUGGACUUUCUAGUCGACGCCAUCUACUACUGCCCCCUGGUGGAGAUGGCGUCGGCGAUCACCAAGGUGGGAGGCGUUGCCUUUGUGUACGGGAACGUGAAACGCCAAGCUUACAGACCGAUGAUGAACUUGAGCGACACCAUCGCUUUCGCGAAGAGCGGGAAAGUGCCUUGGUCAUCCUUCGGCGACACCAAGGCCGUUUACGUCGACAGCAGCACACACCACGACGUUUUCUUCAACUGGCGCUCCGAGGAAUGCAGUUGGGUGCAGGAGGUGUCGAGGCGCUUGCAAAUGCCCUAGCCCUAAAGCGCCCAAUACCACGAACUUUUGACUUAGAAGCAUCAAAAAAGAAACGUGACGUAGAGAUGCUGACGAUAUUAUCGCUUUUAUCGGACUCGUGAAACUUGCACGUGUGUCUUAGCGGCACGCAUACUUCUCGCGCUCUAUGACGGGAUGACAUUUGAGAUUGAGCUUUUGUGAAUCUAAACCAGGCGCAACAAUGUUGCUUCGCUCUAGCCGAAGCAACAUCGAGAAUCUACUGUGAACUCUCUAGUGCCUUCAAGAGUAGACACUGCGAUAUAGCUAUGAACUUCAGUGCUUUCGUGUGGUACAAGUGCCUGGACAGCUCCUAUACGAGCCACAACCGGAUUAGUUACUAUGUAUCUGUGCAUAUUAGAGAUAUUCCGUGCUUCUGUGUUUCUUACCUAUACAUUG